AUGGCAAUUGUCCGGGAAUGCAAAUUGUACACAUUCACACACACACAUCAUUCUGUGUCUACUGGACCCCUACGGAAUGGGGCCCUCACCAUUUUUUAUUGAUUUUUACUGAAUUUUUAUGGAUUUGGAGCUGAAAAUUGGAGAAAAAUUUCUUCUACAUAUCCAACGGAGGAACAAUGGAAAAGAAGAAAAUCGGUACCCUUCUACUUGGACGGAACAGCCAAAUUUGGAUGUGCAGGAAAAUUUCAAAAAAUCCAGGAAAUCUAACCAUCGCUGAGUUCGCAAUAUGGCAACUCACUUUAUGAACCACUCCGUGUUGGAAAAAAAUUGGAAUAUGACGUCGAACUAUGCUGGACAGUAAAAACAUUUGAAGUUACCAACACCAGAGACCUGACAAUACAGGAAUUUGCCUGAAAAUUUAUCCGGUUCAGAGCAGAUGACAACGAAAUCGGAAACUCAAAGACCACACUGAAAAAAGUUGAAAUUAAACAGCAAAAAAAGUAACCUUUGCUCGGAUUCAAGAAGUCUUCGAGUAGAAUCAUGAAUUGUUCCUAUUAAAAUGUUUCCUGGAAACGAUCGAGGAAGAAGAAGCAUCACGUCGUUUCAGAAGACCCUUGGUCCAGGCACUCUAAGCGUUAGAUAAAGGUUUGUUUGAAAAAACAUCGUCCGAUUGGUGAAACCAACAAAAUUUGGAUUUUUUAAAGAUCUCUUCUACAUAUCCAAACGAGGAACCAGUGGAAAAAUUGGAUUAAAAAAAAAUUUUAUAUCUUCUUCUACAUCCGUAAGAGGAACCGUUAA